AUGAUUUCAAAGAAGAGGGAUAAUCUAACAACAGUUGCUAGUGGAAACAAAAAAGAGGAGGAUGAAGUAGUGGUGAGCAAAAAAUCCCUUAGGGAUAAGGAGAAAGAAAUUGCUGAGGGGGGAACCAAGUUGGCUAUGGAGACUAUUAGGUAUACUGUUGACCUGACUGAGAAGGGGAAGGCUAAUCAAGCAACGAUGGAGGCUACAGAAGGCAUUGAUCUAGCGAAGGAGUCCUAG